UCCAUAUAUAUCGUUUUAUUUCAGAUAAAAACCAGAUAAAAGAUGGGAGAUAGAUAUAAUAUCCUCUCCCAGAUGGAGCAUCUGCAGUCUAAAUAUAUGGGGACUGGGCAUGCUGACACCACCAAGUUUGAGUGGGCUACAAAUCAACACAGGGAUACGUUCUCCAGUUUAAUGGGUCACUACGACCUGACGAAUCACCUGGCUAUCGCCGAGAACGAGAGCAAGGCGAGGAUCAAGUUUAAUCUCCUGGAGAAAAUGCUGCAACCCUGUGGGCCACCUCCAGAGAAGAAAUCAGAAGAUUAAAUCUCUGUUCUCAUUUCAGCAUCAAACCCAACCCUUCUCAUCUUUACAGAAGAAAAUCCAAACCGCUCUCAUCUUCUCAGCAUCAAACCCAACCCGCUUCCAUCUUCUCGGCAUCAAACCCAACCCGUUUCCAUCUUCUGAGCCUCAAACCCAACCCGUUUCUAUCUUCUUAGCAUCAAACCCAACCCUUACUCAUCUCCUCAGCGUACCCAACCCAUUCAUAUCUUUUCAGCAUCAAACCCAACCUGCUAUCAUCUCCUCAGAACAAAACCUAACCCGUUCUCAUUGCAUCCGUCCCAGUUCUUGCUUUUACUUCUCUCCGCUCCAUCCCUCAUUUGAAGAUUUCCAGCCUCCUUCAUUUAGCAUUUAUUUUUCAGA